UCGGGGGUGGGACUAGUGGUCGUUGUUGAGGAAGGCUGACUGUCCUACUAACGUUACGAUCUUACAGGUAGAUAGAUAUAUGUUAAAGAAUCUCACAGGUCGGCAAUAACUUUGGCUUGUUUAAAUAAUGGUUCAAUUUCAAAGGUAUUGGCUGAAAAACCUUAUCCUGCAGAGUCCGUACUGUCGGGGAGUUCUACCAUCGACAAAAAGUUAUAUCCCUGAGUUCUCAUUUUGCCUCCUGUUUGGACAACGAUGCGCUGGAUACAGUACCACAUCAGGGAUCCCUGGUGUGAGAGAACGUACUCUAGUUGCAGUGAAACCAGAUGGGGUCCAGCGGCGCCUUGUGGGGCAGAUCACACAACGCUUUGAACAGAAAGGCUUCAAACUGGUGGGCCUGAAGAUGCUCCAGGCACCAGAGGAGCAGCUCUCUCAGCAUUACCAUGAGUUAAGGAGGAAGCCAUUUUACCCCAGUCUCCUGCACUACAUGACCUCUGGUCCCAUAGUUGUUAUGGUAUGGGAGGGUUAUAAUGUGGUCCGGACAUCCCGGAUCAUGAUAGGAGACACCAACCCAGUCGAGGCCCAAGCAGGCACCGUUCGAGGGGACUUCAGCAUUCACAUCAGCAGAAAUGUGGUCCAUGCCAGUGAUUCAGUAGAGGGGGCUCAGAGGGAGAUCCAGCUGUGGUUUCAUCGAAAGGAACUGAUGGAUUGGGACUGCUGUGACCACAGUAGUACCUACCAGAUAUGAGAAAGAGAUUGUAGGCAGAGAUAGAAAGAGAGAGUGAAGCAUUUCAUUAUACUGUUGUAUCCUGUGCAUGUGACAAUGAAACUUGAAAGAGUGAACAAGGUAGAACGACCAAUAGGAAUAGUGGCUCCAUAACCAUACCUACCUCUUUGUGUCUUGCUUGCAACACAGUGUCCCACAUGAAAUACUCAUCCCUCUCCAUCGUGGGUGGCUCCAAUACCCCUAAGCCUCUCAGCUACUAUUAUAGUGUUCGGUCCCCACCAUAUGUACAGUGCGUUCAGAAGGUAUUCAGAGCCCUGGACUUUUUUCCACAUUUUGUUACGUUGUAGCCUUGUUCUAAAAUGAAUGAAACAGUUUUUUCCUCAUUCAUCUGCACACAAUACCCCAUAAUGACAAAGCAAAAACAGGUUUUUAGAAAUGUUUGCAAAUGUACAAAAUAUAAAAAGCUGAAAUACUACAUUUUACAUAAGUAUUCAGACCCUUUAUG